GGAAAUUUCAAUUCUAGAACCCUCCAAUCUCACUCCUUAAACCCCUCAGCACAAGGUUUUUUUAAUAGAAAAGAAAUAGAAGCUCGCUCGCCAGUUAUCCAAUUCAGCUCCUACCUAACUACGAUAAGGAUAACCCAUUUUGCUGCUGGAGUCGAUAGCAGACUAAAUUCGGGUACAAGAGGAAGAAAUCUGAUCUGGGUUUUUCUCAGAAAUUGAAAAGAUGGCGCCUGUGUUGAGCAGAAGUCUGGCCUCUGCAUCGGUGGCUGCAGUUCCUUACACGGGGUCCUUUUGUGUGAGGAAUAGUGGUAAGAGCAAUAGGGGUUUGUUGAGAAGCGCUUUUUUACCUAGAAAUGGAUUAAAGAGCAGUUUUCAAAGAAGUGGGUUGGAGUGGAAGUUGGAGAGGAGGCAGAGCGGAGUGGUAGUGAGAUGUGAGGCUGCUGCAGUGGCUGAAAAGGAGGCUCCUGAGGGUGCUGGGGAGACUUACGAAUAUCAGGCUGAGGUCAGCAGAUUGAUGGACUUGAUUGUCCAUAGUUUGUACAGCCACAAGGAAGUGUUUCUUCGAGAGCUUGUGAGUAACGCAAGCGAUGCUCUUGAUAAGUUGAGGUUUUUAAGCGUGACUGAACCUGCAUUACUUGGAGAUGCUGGUGAGCUAGAGAUUCGUAUCAAACCUGAUCCAGAGAAUGGAACCAUUACUAUAAUGGAUACUGGUAUUGGAAUGACAAAAGAGGAGCUUAUAGACUGUCUUGGAACUAUUGCACAGAGUGGCACUUCUAGAUUCCUAAAGGCAUUGAAGGACAACAAGGACCUUGGGGCUGACAAUAGCUUGAUUGGUCAAUUUGGUGUUGGAUUCUAUUCUGCUUUUUUGGUUGCUGAAAAGGUGGUUGUGACAACAAAGAGCCCCAGGUCUGAUAAGCAGUAUGUUUGGGAAGCUGCAGCUGAUAGCAGCUCCUAUGUAAUUCGGGAGGAAACUGACCCCAAUAAGUUCCUGGGUCGAGGAACACAGAUCACUCUUUAUCUCAGGGAAGAUGAUAAAUAUGAGUACUCAGAGCCUACAAAGAUCCAGAGUUUGGUGAAGAAUUAUUCACAAUUUGUUUCAUUCCCCAUCUAUACAUGGCAAGAGAAGUCGAGGACCAUUGAGGUAGAAGAGGAGGAAGAACCAAAAGAGGGAGAAGAAGUACCAGAGGGAGAGAGGAAGAAGACCAAGAAGACCAAAACUGAAAAAUAUUGGGAUUGGGAAUUAGCAAAUGAAACAAAACCCAUAUGGAUGCGCAAUCCAAAGGAAGUUGAGAAGGAACAAUAUCAGGAAUUUUACAAAAAGACCUUCAAUGAAUUUUUGGAUCCACUCACCUAUACCCAUUUCACUACAGAGGGUGAGGUGGAGUUUAGAAGUGUGCUCUAUAUUCCUGGAUCCUCUUAACUUAACAAUGAAGAUGUCAUCAAUCCCAAGACAAAAAAUAUCCGUUUAUAUGUCAAACGUGUAUUCAUUUCAGAUGAUUUUGAUGGUGAACUGUUUCCGAGAUACUUGAGCUUUGUGAAGGGUGUGGUGGAUUCAGAUGACCUUCCUCUUAAUGUUUCCAGAGAGAUCCUUCAAGAGAGCCGAAUUGUAAGAAUAAUGAGGAAGAGACUGGUUAGGAAGACAUUUGACAUGAUUCAAGAUCUUUCUGAAAGUGAGAACAAAGAGGAUUACAAGAAGUUCUGGGAGAAUUUUGGCAAAUUUUUGAAGUUGGGAUGCAUUGAAGACACUGGAAAUCACAAGCGGAUAACACCUUUGUUGAGAUUUUUCUCUUCCAAGAGUGAGGAAGAGCCGAUAAGUUUAGAUGAUUAUGUUGAGAACAUGGGUGAGAACCAGAAAGCUAUCUAUUACUUGGCAACAGACAGCUUAAAAAGUGCCAAGUCUGCUCCUUUCUUGGAAAAAUUGGUCCAGAAAGGUAUUGAGGUGCUUUACCUAAUUGAACCCAUUGAUGAAGUCGCCAUCCAGAAUUUACAGACAUACAAAGAAAAGAAAUUUGUUGACAUUAGCAAGGAGGAUCUGGAGCUUGAUGACGAGGAUGAGGUAAAAGAAAGGGAAACUAAGCAAGAAUAUAAUCUCCUCUGUGACUGGAUUAAGCAACAACUUGGUGACAAGGUAGCUAAAGUGCAAAUCUCAAAACGUUUGAGCUCAUCUCCCUGUGUGCUUGUUUCUGGCAAAUUUGGAUGGUCAGCAAACAUGGAAAGAUUGAUGCGAGCACAGACACUUGGAGACACUGCAAGCCUGGAAUUCAUGAGGGGUAGAAGAAUAUUGGAGAUCAAUCCAGAUCAUCCCAUCGUCAAGGAUCUCAACGCUGCAUGCAAGAGUGCACCUGACAGCACCGAUGCCAAAAUGGCUGUGGAACUUCUGUAUGAUACAGCCUUGAUUUCAAGUGGAUUCACUCCUGAUAGUCCUGCUGAGCUCGGCAACAAGAUAUACGAGAUGAUGGCUAUGGCCCUCGGAGGAAGAUGGGGUCGAUUGGAGGAUGAUGAAGCAGAAGCAGCCACAGAAAACGCCUCCGAGAUCGAUGCAAACUCUGCUGAUGGUUCCGAGACCCAAGUCAUUGAACCUUCAGAAGUGAGAACUGAGAAUGAUCCUUGGAGUGAUUGAUGAGCACAUCCACCGAGGUCAUCCUUUUAGCAGAUAUUUAGGUAAAACUGGAGCAUCCAUUGGAAUUUUGAAGUGGAGAGGACAAGAGAGAGGUUUCAAAUGGAAAAGCAAACUAGUAUUGGUGGCAAAUUUUGAUGCAAACAAUUAAAGUCUCUCUUCAAUGUGUUGGCUAGAUUUUCUUUUUAAAAUUUUGAUAAUUCAAAAAGUUGGAUCAAAUUAUCGCUACUUCAAUUAAGGAAAUUUAAUUGUCAUGAAAUAUUUCCAUUAUUCAAA